UUCCUGCCCUGUACACUCACCCUGGCUUCCACUAGAUAAAUACCAGCUGGGCUUCAGGGUUUCUGUGUCUGCUCCAGGCAGUAGGACCUCUCUGCAGCUCCUGAGGUUUCCCUUGGUCCAUGUACAGCAUCUCACCAGCUGAGAAAGCACUGACUUGCUGAGGGGGACUGCAUCAGCUUGAGUGCACAGUUUUGACAUGCAGAACCAAGAGUGACUCCUGCCUCGACCCCACAUACUUCACUGGAGUAGGAACAGUGACCUUAACUGAGACCCAGGAGCAAGUAGAAGACAGAAAUCAGGAUGAAAAAAAAUUCCUCCAACACAAUGGCUUUGGCUCCUACCACUUCUAACAAAAGAGAGACAGUGUGCAUAUUUGGAACUGGAGAUUUUGGACGAGCUCUGGGGCAUAAGAUGAUUCAGUCUGGCUACCCCGUGGUGUAUGGAAGCCGAAGCACCCAGAUAUCCAACCUGAUUCCCAAGGAUGCAGAGGUGUUGAGCCAUGCAGAGGCAGCACAGAAAGCUGCCAUCAUCAUUAUAGCAAUCCAGAGGCAGCAUUACAACUUUCUUACACCACUAGCAGAAGUUCUCCGUGGAAAAGUCUUGGUGGAUAUAAGCAACAACUUGAAAUUAAACCAGUACCCCGAGUCCAACGCGGAGUACCUGGCUCAGCUGCUGCCUGGCAGUAGGGUUGUGAAAGCCUUUAACACCGUGUCAGCCUGGGCCCUGCAGUCGGGCACGCUGGACGCAAGCCGGCAGGUGUUUGUCUGUGGAGAUGAUGUGGAAGCUAAACAAAUGGUCAUGGAUAUUGUUCGUGCACUGGGUCUCACUCCACUAGAUAAGGGAUCCCUCUUGGCUGCUCAGGAAAUAGAAAAUUACCCUCUGCAACUCUUUCCAAUGUGGAAGUUUCCCUUCUUUUUGUCCCUUGGCUUAACUGCAUUCUUCUUCUUCUACUGUUUGGCUCUUGAUGUAAUUUACACUUAUAUUUAUGAAAACAAUAACUUUUCAUUUUUUAUUGCAAUAACCAUUCCAAAUCGGGUCUGCCCUGUAAUGGCACUCAUCCUUCUUGCCUUGGUUUAUCUUCCUGGUAUAUUUGCUGCAAUUAUUCAGUUAUACAGAGGUACCAAAUACCGCCGUUUUCCAGACUGGCUGGACAAAUGGAUGCUGUGUAGGAAACAACUUGGACUAAUAGCCUUGGCAUUUGCUUCCCUGCAUGCUGUGUUCACUCUUGUUUUUCCAUUGCGCGCCUUCGUAAGAUGGAGAAUAAGCAAAGGAAUCAUCUCCCAGGCACUGAACAAUAAAACAGAACCACUUGACACCAGCAGUGCCUGGAUUAGUGACUCUUAUUUGGCUUUGGGAGUUUUAGGAUAUUUUUUAUUUGUUCUUCUGGGAAUAACUUCCUUGCCUUCAGUCAGCAACAAUGUCAACUGGAGAGAAUUUCGAUUUGUUCAGUCCAAACUGGGAUAUCUGUCACUGAUUUUCUGCACUGCACACACGCUGGUUUAUGGUGGAAAAUGGUUCCUGAGCCCAUCAGCAUACAAAUGGUAUCUUCCAAACAUCUACAUCCUCUCCCUCAUUGUUCCAUGUGCUGUACUGGUUGUCAAAUUUGUGCUGAUAUUUCCUUGUAUAGACAAACCUCUCACACAAAUCCGUCAGGGCUGGGAGAGAAAUCCCAAAUACUCAGAACAGUCAAAUUACAUUAUCAACAAGUCUGCUGUAUAAUUAGACUAAACUGUAUUAUUAAAAAAUAUUAUGAGGACAUAUCAAAGCGAAGUCUGAAAGCCAACUCUGUCUGGAGAGGGAGAGAAAAAGUGAAAACUUGGCCAGGCUCUGUAGAAAACAAAGCCACCCCAAUGACAAGCUUUAAAUACAAAUGAGGCCAUCAACUUUAUGCACCCCAGGCAUGCUUUCACUUAGGUGCAGAUGCUCUCUUUUGCUUUGUUUAUUUCCCCUUGCAUAUUUACCCUCCAUCCUAAGAAGGGUAUGUGAGAAGCAGGUGGUAUUCCAUGCCCCUCCUCUGUUGUUCCGAACUCCUCCAGAGCUGGGCAGAACCACAAAAACUUUGGGGUUAGACAGUGUUUGCUCCUUUUUCUUAUCCUGUCCCACAGGACUCAGCUCUACUUGCAUCUACACACAUCCACAGAGAACCAUAUUCACACCUGCAUGAGUUUCCACCCUUUUCCCUGUUUCUAACCCCAGAAGCCACCAGCAUCAAUAGAACAGGUGCAUAAUGGAUGCUAGCUAGGAACAGAGCUCCUAGCAUUGUUUAUCCUCCAUUAAUAGCUGAUCCAAGGAGAGCCAUGUUGAUGCCUUAGAGAUAGUUGAGUAAGAUUUGUUUGCUUUGUGUACAGGAACACUGAUGUUCAAAGUGUGUAGGUCAAAGACUGCUGAAUCUUUGCUUGUACUGCUCUACCAGAAAUUCAGGGACAAGCGGAAGGAGUAGAGAUCAAAAUGGAGAUAGAGAAGUGAGAUGCAAGAAGUGCUUACAAGCCUCACCUUUUCAAGUACGGGCAAAAAAUGAUCUGUGAUUUUUUGGGCAAGAAGUGAGUUGCAAGAAAAGAAAGUGAAGGAAAAUCCUUUUAUUUGAGGGGUUAUAUUAUAUGUCAUAGUCAUAUCUCAUGAAGAUAAUACUGUUGAUUUUUCAAAAAAUAAAUCAUUGGAUGUGAUAUUCCAGAUAUUCUAUGAAAAUACUCAUAUUGUAAAGACAAUAAAGAUUUUUUUUUUCACUGUUGAGCUCUGUUAUCAUUUUGGGAACCUCUUUUCCUGAGAUGCAGCUGCUGGUGUGGUCAGUUGUACAAAGGUUUUGGGAAGCUUUGGAACAAAUAAUAAAAUGGGAUCCUGUCUUCAGCCAGCUGCCUGGACUUGUCUUCCCCCAUUUUUAUUUGCUUCUUGGAUGCUCACAUAAGCAGAUCUUUACUUAGUCAUCCAAGUAGGCUGAGGAUGUUGGAGAAAAACAGGUUCCAGCUGGGAUGGUGACUUCCUAUUAAAUUGCAAACAGAAGAUCCAAGUCUACUUUGGACUGAAGAAUAAAGAAAAGACAAAAUGUGUUGGUUUUAUAGGAAGAGAAUUGCUUACUAUUUUUUACCUCUCUGCUCUUCUCGCUGUCUGUACAAAGAACACUCACAUACGUGAAAAUAUAAGCAUGCUGCCUAGUAUAUCUAGCUGGCUUUCAAACUAGCAUUAUCCAGCAGCUUUAAAAAAUAAAAUUAAAAAAAAACAAACUAACAACCA